AUGGAAGCCCCACCUCCAAGUGAGGAUCUAAUUGCUUGCAAAAUAUGCGGGAGAAGUUUUUACUCUGGUGUACUCAAGAAGCAUGUUCCCAUUUGCCAGAAAUCUGCUGCUAAAAGGAGGAGGGUUUUUGACUCCAGCAGACAGAGGGCAGAAGGAACGGACAUCUCCACUGUGAAGCCGAUAAAACCUAAGUUACACAGUGCAUCCUACAAGUCUGAUAAACCCGAACCGCCUAAGAAGCAAUCAAACUGGCGCAGAAAGCACGAAGACUUCAUCGCCACCAUCCGGGCUGCUAAGGGAAUAACUCAAGUCAUGAAAGAUGGAGGUCCUCUUCCCCCACCCCCACCCCCAUCUUAUGACCCAGAUUACAUCCAGUGUCCUUACUGUCAGAGGCGCUUCAGUGAAAACGCAGCAGACAGGCACAUCAAGUUCUGUAAGGAGCAGGCAGCUCGCAUCUCCAACAAGGGAAAGUUUUCAGGAGAUACCAAAGGGAAGCCUCCGGUGAGGACCCAGUACAAGCCUCCCCCAGUGAAGAAGACCAGUUCCCCCGCAGUGUCCUCCGUGCCACCCUCCUCCUCCUCCCGCUUGCCACAGCGCUCCUUGUCCGGGCAGUCUGCUGCAGGGGUUCCCUCCAGCAGAACGCCCUCGGCUGGGUCUGUGAAAGGCGUGUCCUCCGGGUGCUCACAGUCUCGCACCAACUCUGCUGGCCUUACCAGUCCUCCAUCUGGAUUAAAUAUGAAAUCUGGAACAGGAACUUCUCCAGGAUCUUUGAAGAAUACAUCAUCUGGGGUUGGAAUGAAUAGAAAGAAAGUCUAUGAUGCAGAUAGCUACAAUUCUAGGAAUCAUGCCAAAAGUGGUGGUGAAGUGGAUUCAGCUCAGCAGACCAAGUUCUGUCAUGAAUGUGGGACCAAGUAUCCUGUGGACUGGGCCAAGUUCUGCUGUGAGUGUGGGGUGAGAAGGAUGUGCAUUUAA